AUGGAAAUCUCCUUUGAUUUCGACCUUAAAGUGUAUCAAUAAAUAGGUCAUGGUGCGUUUAGUUAAGUAUUUCUUGGUGAAUACGAUUCCAAAAAGGUAGCAAUAAAAGUAAUGGAUCCUAUAUACCUUGACUAAUUUAAAAAGGAAGUAGAAAUUUUGGAGUCCAUUCAUCAUCAGAGUUUCGCCUAAUACUUUUAUAGCAAAGAAACUGAAAAUUCUUUAUACAUCGUCUAAGAAUAUUUGGAGGGCAAAACACUGACUUAAUUCAUCAAAACUGUUUAGAUGGAAGAAACACACAUCAAACAAAUCAUUAUUGAAUUACUCGAUUCUGUAUCCUAUCUACAUUCUCAAGAUAUUAUCCAUCGAGACAUCAAACCAGACAACAUAAUUAUUACGACUGAGGGAUAACUAAAGCUUAUUGAUUUUGGUCUUAGUUCCCAUUCAGAAUCGAAACUAUCUUAUGAUAAAUGCGGAACCCUCUUAUUUAUGGCUCCUGAAAUGAUUUUUAAAUAACCAUAUCUUAAAUCUGUUGAUAUCUGGAGUUGUGGCAUUAUUGCAUAUCAAUUAAUCAAUAAGAAGCAUCCCUUUUGGGAUCCAUCAGAAUCUACUUCAACUUUUGUUCAGAGAGUUCAAUAAUUCAGCCCUAAUUUCUAAGAAAUGAAUGAAUAUCAAAAAUCUUUCUUUUUAAAAUGUGCUGCUUAUUCACCUGAAGCAAGAAUGAACGCGAAUCAAGCUUUAUAGCAUCCUUGGCUUUCAGGAAAAGGAGAAUUAUGGCAACCAAUUACAAUGGCAGAUAUGAAAAAACUUUUUGAUAAUAAGAUGAAAACACUUUAAACAAUUAAAGCUCUUCUGAUGAUUAAAUUUUUAUGCCAAAAAUUUGGAACUAUUAUACCUAACGAAUUUAGUAAUUAUGAAUUCAAUGACUCCACAGCAGAUACUAAUACUAAUUUUAAGUUAAAACUAGUUAGAAGUAGUUCUCGAAAUCCUUCAUUCAUUAAGCAAGUUCGUAGCACAAGUACUAUCUUCUUUGAAAGCAAUAAUCUGCCAUCCCCUAUUAGAUUUACACACAAUAAUAAACGAGUUUCUAUCUCUCCAAAUAAAACUAUGCUGCAUUCAGAAUCAAUUUAAUUCAGCUAAAUUGCCAAAAGAAAUACACAAGUUAUAAAACUGCCUCCAUUGUCAAAUUCUCCUGUUUUAAAAAAAUAAAGAAAAAGCAAUUUAAAUUUUAGAUUGAAAUAGUAUUGA